AUGAAAGAGAAGAAUCCGAAUUUCUUUUUUGAGCUCGAACUCGAGGAGGAUCAAUCAAUUAAGCUGGCUUUUUGGGCCGACGCAAGAAGCAGAGCCGCCUUUGAGUAUUUCGGAGACGUCAUUUCAUUCGACACCACCUACAAUACAAACAGCAAAGACUCAUUCGAUAGGAAUUGGAACGAUUUUCUGGUGAAUUUUGGUCUUGCGGACAACAGGUGGAUUUCAGUCGGAGAACAAGUUUCCAGCUCAAUAUUCGACAAUUUCGCGGUUACCUACGACUCAGUUGCAGCUGAGGUAAAAUGCCAAUGCUUAUUAUUCGAGUCGAGAGGGAUACUGUGCCGUCACGCACUAAGCGUGUUAAGCUUCGAACAAGUAAGCCAAGUGUCCCCUAGAUACAUACUGGAACGAUGGAGCAAGAAGGUAAAGAGGCGACACACACACAUCAAGAGCAGCCACGACGAGCCACUAAUGGAGCCAAGAAGCAAGAGGUUCGACCAAUUGGUUUUUCGUUCGCAAAAUAUUUGCGAAUUUGCCUCCGAAUCGGAGGAGCUGACUGCAAUUCUGCACCGUGCGUACGAUAACGUCAUGGCCGAGAUGGAAGCAUUAAAAGGCAAAAGGAAGGGGACAUCUUCUUUAUCCCACGAAGAUGCCAACUUGGAAUCCGUUAACGAGCUUCAAAGCCCGCCAAGGAUUCGAACAAGAGGACGUCCAAAAAACAGGCUAGGUUCAAAGCUGGAGAAACAGAUUGCAAAUGCCACAAAGAAGAAGAAGACGAAAGUUUUAAGCGAGAUAAACCUGUUUGAUGCUGCAUCAGUGGCGCAUUCAAGUUGCAGCCAAUAUCAGGGACAAGUUAUAAAUUAUCAGUUCAGGGUACCAGCAGCAGGGGAUAACUCUUUGGGUGUAUAG